AUGGAUGAUCACGAGUUUCUGCGUCUGUUAGACAGCUACCCAGUAGUACGAAAGAAGACACACUGUCGUGUACAAUGGAAUGAUAUGCAUGAUAAAUUAGCUGCACAACCUCUGAGCUCUGGUAUUUUUAUUCCAGCAGGACAAGAAAGCGUAAUAUUGCCGACAGAUACGGUCGAAGAAGCUAUAGAGAAAUUUCUUGCGCCUUGUUUCGCUUCGAAUGAGACGACAAAGAUUCAAAAAGAGUUUGAAAAGACGCUAAAUGACUUUGUAUCAAGUUUAAAUCUAGAGGAUAUAAACGAUCUGUGUGCACAAUUUGUCGAUUCAGAGUAA